CUAGUUUGAAUCUGGUUAUCGAAUAACUCGGUUCACAUGGGCCGCCCUAAGAUAUUAAUUGGGCCGGGCCAUUUUUUCAUGGGCUAUAAUGUUUAUCCUCUUUACGAAAACGUGUUAACAUGAGAACUCAUGUCUUGUCUCUAACAUGUAAACCUUUUCACCUGCGGUUCGAUUCAAUUAGCCGGUGAUCGGAAUCAAAGAUCCGGUCGGAAGUUCGAAGCUCGAAAUCCACAUGAUCGGGUUCCUUAGAGCAAUUACUUUGUCGGAGAUUCGCAGGUUUAAACGCUUUGGACAAUGUUACUUUUCCGUUCGAACCGCUGCGUCUGCAUUGGAAUGGUCGGAAUCGAUAGCCCCAUGCUUAGACUCUCACACUUACGGAAUACUCCGUCGCUGCAUUGAUCAAAACGACCCAAUCUCAACGAAGGCUAUCCACUGCGACGUCGUCAAGCGAGGCAUCCGCUUAGACCUCUUCGCUUCAAACAUUCUCCUCGACGCCUACGUCAAAACAGGCUUCCCGAAAGAUGCGUCGAACCUGUUCGACGAAAUGCCUGAGAGAAACCACGUCUCGUACGUCACUCUCAGUCGAGCCAACGCGUGCGAAGAUCCCGUUGGUCUUUACACCAGGCUGCAUCGAGAAGGUCAUAAGCUUAAUCCGCACGUGUUCACUUCCUUCUUGAAGUGGUUCGUCAGAGCAGACAAAGCUGAGAUCGGUUGGUGGUUGCAUUCUUUUAUAGUUAAGCUCGGUUUCACCUCCAAUGCUUUCGUCGGAGCUGCGCUUAUCAAUGCUUACGCCGUCUGUGGGGUUGUUGAUAGUGCGAGAAGUGUUUUUGAGGGGAUUUUGAGAAAGGACGUUGUUGCUUGGGCUGGGAUUGUAUCUUGCUAUGUGGAGAAUGGGUUCUUGGAGGAUUCUCUUGAGCUUCUUUCUCGUAUGGGGAUGGAGGGUUUCAUGCCUAACAACUACACUUUUGCUUGUGCUUUAAAGGCUAGCAUUGGGCUAGGCGCGUUUGGUUAUGCCAAGAGUGUUCAUGGGAGAAUCUUGAAAACGUGUUAUGAGUUGGAUCCUCGUGUAGGUAUUGGUUUGCUUCAGUUGUAUACGCAGCUUGGAGACAUGUCUGAUGCUCUCAAAGUAUUCAGUGAGGUGCCGACGAGUGAUGUGGUGCCUUGGAGUCUUAUGAUUGCUCGUUUUGGCCAGAACGGGUUUUGUGACGAGGCGGUUGAUCUGUUUAUCCGAAUGAGGAAAGCUUUCGUUGUUCCCAACGAGUUUACUUUCACCAGUAUCUUGAAUGCGUGUGCCAUCGGGAAGUAUCAUGGCUUAGGAAAGCAGCUUCAUGGUCUUGUGGUGAAAGGUGGGUUCGAUUUGGAUGUCUAUGUCUCAAAUGCUCUUAUCGAUGUAUACGCCAAAUGUGAGAAAAUGGAUACCGCUGUGAAGUUAUUUGCUGAGUUAUCAAAUAGGAACGAGGUGAGCUGGAACACGAUCAUUGUCGGGUAUGCGAAUCUAGAUGAGGCAGAAGAAGCUUUAAGCUUGUUUCGUGAAGCCCUCAGGAACCAGGUAUCUGUAACUGAAGUAACUUGCUCAAGUGCUAUUGGAGUUUGUGCUUCUUUGGCAAGCAUGGAGCUAGGCGCCCAAGUUCAUGGCCUGGCGAUAAAAACUAACAAUGCCGAGAAAGUAGCAGUGAGCAACUCAUUGAUAGAUAUGUAUGCAAAAUGUGGUGAUAUCAAAGACGCGCAGUCCGUGUUCGAGGAGAUAGAAACCAAAGACGUACCUUCUUGGAACGCGUUGAUCUCAGGGUACUCCACGCAUGGGCUGAGUAGAGAGGCAUUGAGAAUCUUCGACGUUAUGAAGGAGAGUGAUUGCAAGCCAAACGCGUUGACGUUUCUUGGUGUUCUUUCCGGAUGCAGCAACGCAGGGUUAAUAGACGAAGGUGUGGAAUGUUUUGAGUCGAUGAUUCGAGAUCAUGGUAUUGAACCACGUUUGGAACAUUACACGUGCAUGGUCAGGCUUUUGGGAAGAUCAGGGCAGCUCGAGAAGGCUAUGAAGCUGAUCGAAGGGAUCCCAUAUGAGCCUAGCGUUAUGAUCUGGCGGGCAAUGCUCAGCGCCUCGAUCGAUCAGAACAAUGUGGAUUUUGCAAGGAGAGCAGCAGAGGAAAUACUAAAGAUCGAUCCAAUGGAUGAGGCGACGUAUGUUCUGUUAUCAAACAUGUACGCAGGUGCAAAGGAAUGGGCAAACGUUGCCUCCGUUAGGAGAAGCAUGAAGGAGAGAGGUGUAAAGAAGGAACCUGGCUUAAGUUGGAUAGAACAUCAAGGAGACGUGCAUUACUUCAGUGUGGGAAGGUUAUCGCAUCAUCCGGAUAUGAAGCUCAUAAACGGGAUGCUGGAAUGGCUUAACAUGAAAGCAAAACGAGCUGGCUAUGUUCCUGAUAGGAAGGCCGUCCUGCACGAUAUGGAUGAUGAAGAGAAGGAUAAGAGAUUAUGGUUUCACAGCGAGAGGUUGGCUCUGGCGUUUGGGCUCGUUCGAAUGCCGUUAUCAAGAAACCGCAUAUUGAUCAUCAAGAAUCUACGGAUAUGCUCUGAUUGCCACAGUGCUAUGAAAGUGAUAUCGAGUAUCGUGAAGCGAGAUCUUGUCAUCCGAGAUAUGAACCGGUUCCAUCAUUUUCAUGAUGGAGUUUGCUCUUGCGGUGACUACUGGUGAAUGGAAGGAGACAGAAUAUAAACACAAAUUUCAACAUUUUUUUUUUUUGAUCAAAACAAAUUUAACAUUUUUUGUCUCAUUAUUUAGGGGAUAUUACAACAAAGUCUGAUAAGCUUAUUGGACAUGACAAGGUACAGAGUAUACUUAAUAGGUUAACUACACGGAUAAAGGAAAGCGAAGAGCUUAACCUUGGGACUUGGAUUCACAAGCCUAGAGACUAGAGAGCAUAACAUCUAACAACGAUGAUAUACAGAAUUUCUACAGACUGUGCAGCUCAACUUGAAGAUAGAGAGAGAGUUCACAUAUCCAUGUCGGCAAAGAUGUCUUCAUCCUCUCCAUAUGGAGGUGUGUCGGCGAGAAACGCAUCACUUGCCAGGUUACUGCAACAAGCAUUUUUAGAAUUGGUAAGACUUUUUAAGGAGAGUAAAAGAGACAGACAACUAUAUAAUCAAUCUCACCUUAUGCAGCAGAAACGAAACCCUGCAACACGCUUCAGUUUUCGGUUGUAGAAUAAGAAACAGAAAGACCAUCUGGAUUUGACCCACCAGGAGAAAAAGGAUAAGGAAACAGCCUUUUAGUUAGAGAAAAAAAAGGAAAGUUGUUGUAACUCACAUUGCUCCUUCUUCGAGGAAAGGAUCAGCAUUAGGAUUCGGGUUGUAAACAUAUAUCUCACAUUCAGCUAGUUUCACAACCUGUAUCACAUUUGUAUGAUUUAGUUCUUUCCCAUUA